AUAAAAAUAGAAGUCGGUUCGUUUUUUUAACCUAACAACUGAAAUAUAUAAGUGUAACGCUGAUCGAAACAGUGUUGGAUAUUUUUUCCAAGUGGCCAUGGGAAAAAUGUGUGUUAGCAAGUAUUUUUCGUUAUAUCUCCUUCUUUUCGUUCUACCGUCAUUCAAGGAGGCUGCACGGAUUUUGGGAGUGAUAACUUAUCCUGCUCACAGCCACGAAUCAUUCUACAAGCCAAUCUGGAGGGAACUUUCUCUGCGAGGACACCAAGUAACAGUCAUAUCAUCGGAAAAUAUAAAGGACCCGUCGCUGGUUAAUCUCACAGAAAUAGACAUCAGUUUCACUAAAGAUCUACUGAAAAAUGCUAACGUCCUUGCUACGCUUCCGGCAAACGGAUUUCUCUUUCAGAAAAUAUUAUGGGAUCAAAAUCUAUUACAGACCUUAGUCGAAGCCCAGCUUGGAUCUGAAGAAGUUCAGAAGCUGAUCAAAGACCCGGAGGAGCAUUUCGAUUUGGUGAUUGUGGAGGAAGUUUGGCCCCUCAUACAUGCGUUUGGUGCUAGAUUCAAAUCACCAGUAAUAAGUAUUUCGUCUUUCUCACCCUUCCUCCACUCCCACGACAAUAUGGGCAACCCUACGCACCCCGUCUAUCCUGAUACGAUGAUGACAUUUGGAAACGACUACAGCAUUACCUACAGAUUGAAGGGAUUUCUGUACAACCUGUGGUUAAGAGGUCUCUUCUAUUGGUAUAUCAUGCCGAAGGAAGAUAAAUUGGCAAGGAAGUAUUUUGGAAAUGAUAUUCCGUAUCUUGGUGAAGUCUACAAAAAUACUAGCCUGUUCUUAGUCAAUGUCAACCCGAUUAUGGGCAUUCCCAGAGCGAAUGUACCUAAUGUGAUCGAAAUCAAUCAGGUUCAUAUUCAAGAAAAAAAACCGUUACCAAAGGACCUCCAAGAGUUUUUGGACUCGUCCGAAAAUGGAGCCAUUUAUUUCAGUCUGGGUUCUUCCGUAAACAGCAGCAAUUUGGAUUCAAGAAUCACCAAUACUCUGAGCCAAGCUUUCUCAGAACUACCUUAUAACGUACUGUGGAAAAGAGAAAUUGAUGAUUUAGCCAACAAACCCGAUAAUGUUCUCAUCAGGAAAUGGCUACCGCAGCAGGAUAUUUUAGGCCAUCCGAAAGUCAAGGUAUUCGUCACCCAAGGAGGUCUGCAAUCAAUUGAGGAAGCCAUCUACAAUGAGGUACCAAUGGUUGGAAUACCGUUAAUCGUCGACCAACCGCUUAAUAUUGAAAUCAUUUCCGACAAAGGCAUAGCUGUGGGUCUGAACUCCGAAACAAUGACGAAAGACGAUGUGAAGAAAGCAAUCAUAGAAGUGGCUGAGAAUGAAAGGUAUAAAGAAAAAGUGAGGGAAGCAGCUGCAAUCCUCAAAGAUCAACCUUUGAAGGGAGUGGAUAAGGCCAUUUAUUGGAUCGAGUACAUCCUCAGACACAAAGGGGCGAAACACCUCCGUAGUCCCGCUGCUGAUAUGCCCUUCUACGAGUAUUUCAUGUUGGAUGUCAUUGUGGUCUUGAUAGUUAUCUGCCUCUCAUGCGUUUUUCUUGUCACUGGAUUGUAUGGGUUGAUUAGGAAUAUGAAGAGAAAAAAUAAAAUCAAGAAGAACUGAAUUUCACUUCAUUUUCUUGUUAUUCAAAUUUCGAUUUGUGGUUGGCAUUUUGCAUCUAAGUUGCCAUGUCAAACUCUGUCCAAAAGGGUCUUAUUAUAAACAUUUACUAAAUGUGAUUUAACAAACAGAAACGUUACUUUACACAUAGAUAUAUUCAUAUAAUAUUUUCGAAAGUUAGUCGCCUGAGUGAUUUGGUGAUUUUGAUCAAUUAUCUUCAGUUAUUAUGUUAGAAAUAUGUUUUAUACUAUUCACGAGUUUUCAAAUACAAAAAUGUGAUUUGC